AUGAAAAGAGAAGAAGACGGGAUACAAAGCGACUAUGAAGAACCAAUUCAGCAUUGGUACGAAGAGGAUGAUGUCGACGAAGAAGGAACAUGGCAUUAUGAAGACUGCUCAAAAUCGGAUUUUGAAGAUGAACCAUACUAUGAAGAGCUUGAACCAGAACCGCCUGAGUCAUACCACACUAAUAAAGGCUACACCCUAAACCAUGGAUUGAAUUAG